AUGCUAUCUAGAGAAACACUCAUCCAACCGGUCCACGCUCUUUGUGAUACUUUAUCCUCCGGUGCUGCUAUACCAGAAAUCCUACACCACUUCACUAUAAAACCUCCACCUAUUGCGGCAGAAUACGGCUUGAAAAGUCUUGCUCCUUUUCUCGGGCGCGAUUUUACAGGCCAGAGCGGUGUCGCUGAUUAUUUCCGCCUGGUCACCGAUAUUCUUACAAUACAUACCCUAACUUUCGAGAAAGAGUCUACAUGGAUGGUCGAUCAAGACCUUCAUGUGGUUGGAUUACGUGGCAAAGGCUGUUUUAGUUGGAAGGACACUGGUCAGGCUUGUGAAGAAGAGUUUUUUUAUCGUAUUGAGUUGGCCCAGGAGGAAAAUCACACAGCGCAGCAGGGACAAUGGAAAGUGCAGGAUUAUCGAGUCUGGUCAGAUACUGGAGCAGCAUAUUUGGCGCAUAUACAUCAAAUCGGGAAAAUGGUUAACCCCUAG